AUGGUCACGAUCACCACACCACGAGGUGUCGCGAUUCGUCGCGCCCAUGGCGAUAAUAUGCGCGACACAAUCGAGCGCAUAACGGAAGAUCUGAAAGAGAUCAAACAAUUUUACCCUAUAGAGAUUUCCUCAAAAAGAAUACAACGUCUGCGUCAAUUCCUUACUUGUGAGCUGAACGCACUCCGUGGCCAACCAUUCGAUAUCUAUGAACAACAAGAGAAAGUGGACUACCUUCUCAUCAAGAAUUAUUUGGAGAGAGAAUUGCGAGAGUUGGAACUUGGCUGGACUCGAGAUCAAAAGACAAGGCCACUUAUCUCGUUCGCCGACUCGAUCGUGGGUCUCUGUGAAGCGCGGGCGAUCGUCUCUCCAAUGAACCCCAAGGAUACCGCACAGCGGUUAUUCAAGACGCAAGUGCAAAUUGAUGAGCUCGUCAGCAAAAUCAAUAACAAAUGCACCCAGUUCGACUUGAACAAAUCCUCAGCUUUUCGCGCUGCAAACAUCGUCAGCGCCUUGAAAGACCAUCUGCAAGAGUGGUUUGACUUUUAUCAGGGGUACGAUCCAAUGUUCAACUGGUGGGUGUCAGCCCCUUACCAAGCCGUGAAGGAACGAUUGGAUACUGUCGCAAAGGCCAUUCUCGAGGAAAUAGUCGGUAUCGAGCCAGGAAACGAAGAUGCAGUCGUGGGCCAGCCUAUCGGAAGAGAUGGCCUGCUGGCCGAGUUGCAGGCUGAAAUGAUACCAUACACCCCAGAAGAGAUAAUCUCCAUAGGCGAAAAAGAAUUCGACUGGUGCAUGGCUGAGAUGAAGAAGGCAUCCAACAGCCUAGGCUAUGAGGCCUGGCAAGACGCACUGGAACAUGUGAAGAACGACUAUGUCGAGCCGGGACAGCAAACACAGCUCGUCAACGACCUUAUGCAGGAGGCUAUCUCAUUUGUGGAGAAACACGAUCUUGUGACUGUACCCCCUCUCGCCAAAGAGACAUUGCAAAUGUUCAUGAUGGCGCCAGAGCGACAGAAAGUGAAUCCCUUCUUUCUUGGAGGCCCAUGCAUUAUCGUGUCGUACCCAGUCGAGUCCAUGGAUCACGAAGCAAAGUUGAUGAGCAUGCGUGGUAACAACAUCCAUUUCUCACGCGCCACGGUUUUCCAUGAGAUGAUCCCCGGUCAUCAUUUGCAGUUAUUCAUGAACGCGAGGUAUAAACCGUAUCGACAGCUAUUCGAGACACCUUUUUCGAUUGAAGGAUGGGCUUUGUACUGGGAAUUUCUUCUGUGGAAUGACGAUAGGUUCAAAAAGACUCCCCAGAAUCGCAUCGGAAUCCUUUUCUGGCGACUCCAUCGUUGCGCUCGAAUCAUCUUCUCCAUCAAUUUUCAUCUCGGGAAGAUGUCUCCCCAGGAAUGUAUUGAUCUUCUUGUUAAUCAGGUAGGGCAUGAGCGUGCAACUGCAGAAGGUGAAGUCAGACGAUCAUUGAAUGGUGAUUAUUCGCCCUUGUAUCAAGCUGGCUACAUGCUAGGAGCCCUGCAGAUUUACGCUCUGCGUAAAGAGAUGGUUGAAUCGGGGCGAAUCGCCGAAAAGGAGUUUCAUGACCGAUUUUUGAAAGGAAACUGCAUGCCAAUUGAGUUAGUACGAGCCUUGAUGCGAGACCAGGAUCUGUCGCCAGAUUUCAAGACUUCUUGGAGGUUCUAUCCUCUAUAG